AUGUCUUCCAAUGAUAUAGACAUCAGGAAAAGGUGCAAGGGGAUAUGUAGCGACAAUUUUCUACUAAGGGUUGAGAAUGGGGACGUUAAAGAGGCUCAAAGUUAUGGCUAUUGUACCCACAAAAGGUUUAUUGGAUCAUGGAUAGGGAAGGUAAACUACGGUAAAAAACCUCUUCUAAUAGGAAAUGAAAGAAGCGACAAAAAACCAUUCAGUGAAAUACACACAAGAAUAGAGGAAGUCACCACCUACUACCACCAAGAAUAUGAUAGAGAUACGAAGAUAAUAAAGGCACCCCUACUUAUUGCUAUUAGAGAAUAUUCCAGAGCAGGCUAUAAAUGGUAUAAAAACACUGGUAAUAAUAGGAUAUGGAAAGAGAUUCCAGAGACGGAAAACAUAUACCCUAAUAAUAAUACAGAUUCAGCAGAUUCCGGAUUUAAGAAGCAGUUAGAUAGGCUUGCGUGUUCCCUCCACUAUCUUCAUAGAGUCAAUAUACGGAAUGGUACCAAUGAGCCUAAUUACUGUUGUCCCGUAUGUAGCCAAUACGGUGUUGAUGUUACGAAACAGAAAGGAAUUCAAGAAAUAUACACAAGGAUUGACCAUAGCCCACAAGAAAGUGCUCCUUAUCAUGUUACAUACCAAGACGCUCUGAUUAAAUACCAAGGACCCGGCACUAAGCCUAACCUUAUAUCUGUUAAAAAAGGUGAUUACGAUAAGAUCUCUGUUUACUACUGGGAAGGUGACAGUGACCGUAAUAAUCCAUUAUUGAUAGAGGUUACACAAGCCUCUACAAAAAAGUCUACUUGGUAUGAAAACAUAGGGGAAUCCGGUGGAAAGCAUGACAAAUGGAUAAAGUUAGAACAAGAAGAUGCAAACUUAUCUUCUGGAAAUCUCAAGACAAAACUUGAUUACCUGAGCUGUGCAUUUAAUAAUGCUGUUAGAAUCAACUUAGGACGAGACUCUGGUUGUCAUGAUUCUGGCAAUGGCAAUCAUAAAAGUAGAAUCAAAACCCGUCACAAUGGAACUGUUGAUAAAGCUCUUCUUCUUUCGGCCUAUGAAUACACACCGAGUAAAGAGUCUGGUGGGAAGUCAUUUUCUGUGGCAGAGCUGUUUAUUGGAAGUCAGAGACAAAAGAAUGAAUCUGGUAAUAUAUUCUUCAAGGAUGUUACCAAGCUUUCUUCAUAUGCUUCGUUUUGUGACACUACAAAUCCAUUCCUGAUUUGUGUAGAAUAUACCGGUCGUAAUGAAUGGUACCAGAGGAAUACUAAUGAUAAAAAUACCUGGGAGAAGAAAGAUGGUGAAUUGUUUGGUCAAAUCGGGAAUAUUUUCAACAGUGUCCAUCAAACUCUUAGCAUAAAUAAAUGCUCUCAUUAUCGCCCUCCACAAACUGGCGUCCAGAUAAAUAUAACAGAGCAACCGAAGGAUGGUACACUUGAUGGCACCUACGUUUCUUCUGGUUCUGGGACUCUUUCCAUCCUUAUGACCAAGGAUUAUAUUAGCCCUCAAAAAGACUUCUUUAAGAUUUCUCACAGACCAGCUACUGAUAAUGAGACUUUCGUUGUAAGCAGAGAUUUACAGAGUGGAGGUAAAAUAGGGAUGGGAUCAGGAAAAAAAUGGAACAUAAUAGAGGGUGUACAGAAUGUUGAUGCAUAUUUUUGGAUUGGAAUGCCUAAGGAGCCUAUACUGGUAGGAGUUAAACAAAACACAGGAACUACACUACAUGGCAUGGGUCAACAUGGUACAAGGUGGAUGUUGGAUCAAGUGAAAGGUCUGAGUGAACAACAGGCGCUGGAGCACCAAAACUGCCAACUUAACGGUGCCAUUCCAUUCGAUAUACAGAAUCCUACAAAAGAUCACUCUGGUGGAAAGUCGGAUUGUCUAAAAAGUCGAAAGAUAGAGGAAUCUGCCGUCUCUCCAAAACAUCCUCCAGGGGGUGAAUAUACUACAAAAGAAUACACAAUUAAUAAAGGUGGUGCAAAGAUAUCCAGAGUAAUAUUUGAUGGAAUAUAUACCAAUAUAUGUGCCACUAAAGACACUGUGACCAAGGUUAGGAUAUGUUAUUGGAAGAACGAUCCAAAUAUAUCCAGUAGAGCUAUACCUCUCCUUGUGGGAUUUGUCAAAAGCGGCGUAAUAGACUGGUAUGAAAAUAAUGGAACAGGAUCACGAAAUCUAUAUUGGACACAUAUCAAAGAGUCCAAAGAUUACUACGACCAGAAUGGGAUAGGUCAAAAUCCACGGCAAUCACUUACAGAUAAGCUUGACGAAGUGAACUGUAGGAUCCAUCAUGCAGUUAAAAUCAAUAUUUCAAGGAAGAAUGAUUUAUAUUGCCAUGAGAGAUGUAGACCCGAGAGGAUCAAAGUUAAGAAGAGUGCCACUAGUUUGUUAGAUGGGUAUAUAGGUUAUGAUCACAUAUCUAAUAUUUAUAGGGAGACAUUUACAGUAACUGCUAUAAUAAACGAUGCUACAAACAGUACCAGGAUGAACACAGUACUCAGAGACGUAAAACGAGUUACAGUCUACUUCCAAAGCUGUGAUAAGGACAUUCCAGUCACCAUACGUAUUGAGGACAGUAGAGGAACUGAAAAGUGGCUUAAUAGAACAGUGGAAGGAAAUGGAUGGGAGUUAUCUAACCAAAAUGAUCUACCGAGAUGCCAAACCACUUCGGGACCAUCGAGCACUAAAAAUCUAUCAGUAUCCUCCGGAGAUAGUUCUAGUGAAUCUGAGGAUAGUGACACUGGCGGUAAGAUAACUGAUAUAAACCAGGAAGAAAGUUACAGUAAGAUGUUAACAAACUUGGCCAAAUUUGGAGUGAGCAUGUCAACUGCAGCAGAAGAACUUGGAACUAAUGCUAUAAAGGGUAUUAUUGAUAAGACACUGUCACCAACCAUUCAAUUAGUUGAAAAUGUUUUAGAAGAUGUACUAACACCAGUCGUUACUCCUCAACAACUUGACUCAUCUCCCCCAGCUACUACUUCCUCUGCUACUGGUGAUUAUGAUCCUGCUAGUUCUGGAGAUGCUCAACAAGAUUCUGCAACUUCUACUCCUGUUACUCCUACUCCUACUGAAGCUAAAGCUGCUGCUGUUACUGGAAUUGGUGAAGGUCUGGCUACUGGUCUAGGAUCAUGGGCUAUCUUUGGAGGCUCUACCUCUGGUACCCUUGCCGGAGCUGGUGGUCUUACUGGAUUUGGCUUAUGGAAGCUUUAUAAUCGUUAUAAAGGAGACCCUUGGGUUAGACACGGAUAUCCUAUGAAGUGUUUAAAGCAUGUACCAUAUUGA